GACGUCACUUCCGGUUACGGGGCGGCCAUCUUAGUUGAGGGCACAGCUCUCGGCGCGGCCCCGUCAAAGAGAGCCUGGCGGCGGGCUCUCCCCGUUCUUUUUGCCCUUACGUGAGGUGGCGGCGCGGGCUUCGGGCCCUGGAAGUGGGCGGUGAUGGCGCCUGCGCGUUGAGGCGGCGCAGCCCCUUUUUGUGCGGCGGCGCGGCCUCUUUCUGCCGGGGAUGGAGGACGGCGGCGGGGCGGGAGCGGCGUCCCCCGGGAACCCCGCGGGGCUCUCGGCCUCCCAGCGGCGGGCGGAGCUGCGGCGGAGGAAACUGCUGAUGAACUCGGAGGAGCGGAUCAACCGCAUCAUGGGCUUCCACCGGCCCGCGGCGGGCAAGGAUGACGAAAGUCACGUAGAAUCAAAACUUCAACACGAACAAGAGAAAUCCAAUUCCCUUCCUCUUCCUUCUGUUUCUAAGAGAAUCGUGCUCGGUGAUUCUGUCUCUAACGUGUCCGGAUCAGCUGAGCACGCGGGCAGCCUGGGAGACCUCAAAGGGGAUAAGGACUUGUUCAGUAAAACUCCACAGCUUGUCAGUGAGGGUACAGGCGAGCUCCGUCACCGUAACAGAGGGGAGCUGCCGUCCGAAGCCACCGCACGGCCAGCCAGGCAUGGAUUAGAGCAAUACUUAUCCAGAUUUGAUGAAGCUCUGAAGCUGAGGAACCAGCUGAUGAAUGAGAAGCCAAGCCAAGAGAACGGGAAUGCGGUGGAGGAGUUUGAUUCUUUCCGCAUUUUUAGAUUAGUGGGAUGUGCUCUGCUUGCCAUUGCAGUGAGGGCGUUUGUGUGCAAAUACUUGUCAAUAUUUGCACCGUUUCUUACUCUACAACUUGCUUACAUGGGACUAUCCAAGUACUUUCCAAAGAGUGAGAAGAAGGUGAAAACGACAGUACUAACUGCUGCUCUUUUACUGUCUGGAAUCCCUGCAGAAGUGAUCAGUCGCUCUAUGGACACCUACAGCAAAAUGGGAGAUGUUUUCACAGACCUCUGUGUCUAUUUCUUUACAUUUAUCUUUUGCCAUGAACUUACUCUGUUCUUCGGCUCUGAAGUACCAUGAUGGCUGUAGAGUUCCAUGCAGUACUUACACUAAAGCUUUCUGGUCUGUAUGCCUUUAACAUCUGACAGGUUGAAACCUUAGUUAAAAUUCUUUCCUGUUUUUGAAUGCUUGAAAGGAGCCUUAAAUCCAGUCAUCUGGGAGAAGGAACAGCAAGAUCCCAGGCUGCCAGUUGUAUUAGUUUGGUUUAUUUAAAUACUGCGUCUGCCCACUAAAAAUGUGAAGAAUAGAAUGCAAGUGUUCCUGGAUGAUUUGUUUAGUAAGGUGAUGUCCUUCUCACCUCCUUCAUAAAAAUUUACAAAGCUACCUUUAUUCCUUCUGGUGAGAGCAAAGAGAAUUCCUUUCAGCAGAACCAAAUAUAUAUACAUAUAGUACAAAUAUAGCUAAUAUAGCUCAGUUUGUGUUGCUCCUGUUUUUAAAGAAAGCUCUAAAUGAAAGAAAUCCCUGUAUUUUGUUGUUCCAGUUCAGAUUGUCAAACUAAGUAGCUGCUUUUGGAGAAUGUUGGCAAAACAUGCCACUGUUGUCCUAAACCUUGCCUUACAUACAUUAUGUGAUUGUGGUUAAUUUAAUUUGACAAUUAUAGGGCAAAACAGCCAAGCAAAAAAAAAAAAAAGGCAAAAAAAAAAAAAUCACCCAACCUCCUUUUGUUUACAAGUGUCAUUAAUCAAAAAGUGGGAAGAAAAAGAAUUGUUAAAAUUGUGAAUCUUGUCUGUUUGUGAGUUCUCAGCAGCCUAUUGCUGGUAUAGCUUACUGUGCUUUUUCCUAAACAAAUGAACAAAAAA